CAAAUGAACAAUGGUGCAAAAAUACAUUUCGUUUUCAAAAGCCCGCACUGGCUGUGGAGGAUGUCCCCCAUGUUCGAGUCCUCCUUUGUCAGGCUGACACAUCAGCAUGCUGGCCAAGCACGGUGAUGCAAGAACAGGGCGCAAGUGCGUGCUUGGGUUGCCUGCCCUACACAAGAGGCGUGCUCCUGCUCAGUGGCCGUGCUGGGCGGGUUUCUAGUCCACAUUCGUUACUGAGUUGGCAUCAUCAUGCACAGGGGAAGAGAAGGGUCGCCAUCGCCUGAACUUUACCUUACCCCACAUUUUUUGCGCUGUAGGCCCCACCCAUUCAAAGACGUCCUCAUCCUUUAUGCGUUUGUUCCCACGUUGGGGCGGGACCGUCUGGUCGUGCCUUGCGGGUAUUUGUACCUCCUUUGAUGCUUGUCGCCCACCCUCCUUCUUUGUUCUUUCACUCUACGGCCAACCGCAAACCACAUACCCACUCCUCCAACCCACAACAACCAGUGCUUACAAUGACCAAAUCAAGUCCUUGCAUCAUCGAUUGCGAUCCCGGCAUUGAUGACACCCUGGCCAUUCUGCAUGCCAUGGGCUCACCCAAGGUCGAUGUCAAGGCGAUCACCCUGUGCUAUGGCAACACAAACAGGGACAACGUGACAAAGAAUCUGUUCACCAUCCUCCACGUCCUCGGAAAGGAGGUCAGUUCCGAGCAUCUUGCCACCAUCCCUGCUGGCCCCAACCGCGACCGCCUGGAACAUAUCAGAACCAAGAAGCCCGUCAUCGCUGUCGGAGCUGAUGCCCCCCUCGUUGUCGAGCCAGCAUACGGAGAAGACUUCCAUGGCCCGGAUGGUCUUGGUCGACUGCACUUGAGCGAUCCUGAUCUCGCUCCUUCCGACUGGGCUGAAAUUCUUGGUCUAUUGGAUCCUGAAGGAGUGGGCAAGGAGCUGGACAAAGCUGCGGGUGAUUUGCCAUCCGAGAAGCUGUUUACGUUGUCCAGGAAGCCGGCACACGACGAGAUUCUGACUCAGCUGGCGGAAGCGGAGCUCAAUACCGUGACGAUCAUUGCACUGGGGCCCAUGACCAACUUGUCGCUGGCAUACGAAAAGGACCCGGCUACGUUCGCGCGGGUCAAGCAGGUCAUUUGCAUGGGAGGCUGCCUCAAUAUGGCUGGCAAUGUUACCCCUGUGGCAGAGUUCAACUUCCAUGCUUGUCCACACUCAGUCCAUUCGAUUCUGCAGGCGACCAUUAACGAGGAUCCUGCAAAGGCGAUCAAACUAUACAUGCUGCCCACCGAUGUCACCCAUCAGGUGUCGCUAGAGUCUAAGACUCUCAAGGAAUAUGUCACUCCUCUGGGGACGCCGUUGUCAAAAUUCUCUACACUCCUCCUCGGCUACCUGUUUGAUCUGUUGGUCACCAAAUUGCAUUAUACGGCCAUGAACUUGCAUGAUCCUCUCUGCAUUGGGUUCUUCAUUGAUUUGGAGCACGAGGCCGAUAUAACUCAGGUGGACUGGCAUGUGGAGGAGCAUGACAUCCGCAUUGAGACAGAAGGCAGAUUGACUCGAGGAAUGUUGGUUGUGGAUCGAAGAAUCAAGAGCACCAAGCCUGCACCUGGUUCGCACUCACGCACUCAGGUCGUCCUUAAGGCAGAUCCCGAGCGCUACCUCGCUUCCAUGCUGUACGAUAUUUGGGGCGUUACAAACUACAAUGAACAUGCCAAAGAUGUUUAAAUAAAGACCAAUGCGGUGUUCAUGGCGCAACACCUCCUAUCAUC